AUGGUCAUUGAGACAAUAGAUAAUAAUAACGCUUUUUUGAAUGGUGAUCUGGCUGAAGAUGCUACAGAAACUGGAAUGAAAAGCUCAAGAACCGUCUACUCGAGUAGGCUUUAUGGUAUCAGGGUUGACACUUAUCUGUUUGUGCGUGUUGUGAAUGAUUCAUGCACUUAUAUUUUAGUAUACGUUGAUGAUAUAUUUUCAGGAAGUUCGAAUGCAUAUAUUGAUAUUGUUGUUGAUAUGUGCACAAGAAAUAUCUUUAAAACAUUUGGAGAACUUUCUUUCUUCCUGGGUAUUGAGGUUCAGGAAAAGAAUGCAUUGUUAUCUAAUGCACGUGAAUAUCGAAGCAUUGUUGGUGCUUUGCUAUAUGUCUGCCAUACUAGGCCUGAUCUUUUUUUCUCUAUUAAUAAGGUGGCGCAGUUCAUGCAAGCACCAUGUGAAGAUUUGGUUGUUGUUAAGCGUAUUUUACGUUACCUGGCUGGUACAAUGGAUUAUGUCUUAAUAUUCUCGGCUGAGGAUACUAAGUUAUGUGUAAGAGCAUUUUCAGAUGCUAAUUGGGCAGGUGAUGCUAGAGAUAGACGAUCGAUGACUGGCUAUGGGGUAUUUCUUGGCAACAACUUAGUUACCUGGGCGUCCAAGAAGUAG